AGUAGAGAGGAGAAGGCGGGCCUUCUCUACGCGACAGCCAAUAGGAUGUCAUGUGUGGACUACGUUUCUUAGCCUUGGUGGCAUCCGGGUUAUGAACGUUGGGGUUUAGCUUUGAAGUUGUCUGCUUGUUUCGCGUGUGAGGAUGUUCGGAUCCCUGCGGGUGCUGUUGCAGGUGCUUUGGGCCCAGCUUCUGUGUGGGUGGGUGUUGGGCUCAGAACUAACUUUUGAGCUGCCAGACAACGCCAAACAGUGUUUCUACGAAGACAUCACUGUUGGCACUAAGUGCACUUUGGAAUUCCAGGUAGUAACUGGUGGUCACUAUGAUGUGGACUGCCGUUUGGAAGAUCCAGAUGGCACAACGCUUUACAAAGAGAUGAAAAAGCAGUAUGACAGCUUCACCUUUACCGCAGCCAAAAACGGCACCUACAAGUUCUGUUUCAGCAACGAGUUCUCCACCUUCACGCACAAGACGGUUUACUUCGAUUUCCAGGUUGGCGAUGAUCCUCCACUUUUCCCCAACGAGAACAGAGUCACUGCUCUGACCCAGAUGGAAUCUGCUUGCGUGUCCAUCCACGAGGCCCUGAAGUCAGUCAUUGAUUAUCAAACGCACUUCCGCCUCCGUGAGGCCCAAGGACGCAGUCGCGCUGAAGAUCUGAACACCCGUGUUGCAUUCUGGUCUAUCGGAGAAGCCCUAAUCCUCCUGGUGGUCAGCAUCAGCCAGGUGGUCCUGCUGAGAAGCUUCUUCUCUGACAAGAAGACCACUAUGACACGAGUUGGAUCAUAACGGCCUCUCAGCCACAGGAUGCAGUCUUAUCACUUUUUAUCUGUACUGAGGGGUCGUGUGCAUAGAGUGGGUUAAAAACAGCCGUGCUGAUUUAAGAUUGGAUCCAUAUCAGAAUGCCAGAUCAUCAGAUCUGACGUCAAUCUUAAGUCAGCAUUGCAUUUCUUAGAAACUUUACGCAGACUAGACUGGAUGAUGAAAGUUGAAAUAUUUUUGGGAGGUAAAAAUAAAAAAGAUGGCUUUUGCUUGUGUAUUUAUAAGUUCAAACAGGUAACAUAGUCAGAGCAAACUUUAAGCAGCUUCAACAUGUUUGAAUGUGUUCCUUUUUUUUGUUUAUUUGGUCUGUUAUGUCAUCCCCCCACCCCAUCUUAUCCAUGUACAACCAAAACCUAAAAUGAGCAGAAAGGUAGAAAUAGUAGAUUUUGAGGUUGUUGUUUUUUUUUUUUAAAUAAAAUUAUUGUUCUGUAAAGUCUAAUCACAGCUUGUGUGAAGUUGCUAAAGAUAGAUUAAAUUCUUUUCUUAAAUAAACUUAACUGAACUAAAUUGGAAUAGUUUUGCCUUGUUGGAGUUGUGGAGUGAUGAAAAAUGCAUAAAACGAAGAAAUUAAAGCAGCAGGUGCAACUGGAGGAGCAAAAUUAUUUAAUAAAAUAACAGCCACUAAAUGUGUUUCCAGUUCAAUGUUGUCUAAUUAAUAUUGAACUAAUUAAAAUAUUACCAUAAGGAAUUUAUUUACACAUUUAAAACAAAUAUGUCAGUGGUAUUGAUUUGGUAUUUUUUGUGCAUACUAAACUGUUUUAAUGCAUCAGCUUUUAUUGUUCUGUUGUGUUGUCACUGCAAUAUUUGCAGUCUGCCUUCUUUGUUUUAAAGUGUUACAGCUUAUUUAUCCCACAAUUCAACAUUGUUUUAGUUUUAUACAACUCCAGAUGAGAAACUGGCUUGGCUAACCUUACCCGUUUAGUUAUAACUGCAAUUGAUUUAUUUACUGGUUAUUUGGAAUGUUUAGAAAGCAAUCUUAGUUAGGGGGGGGGGGGGGGGGGGGGGUUAGUGUCUGCUUUUUUUCCUGUCAAGAAAGAUAAAAAUUGAGUUUUCCUUUAAAACAUUUUAAUGACAAAUUGGGUUUAAUGUACUCCUUCAGCCUGCAUACUUGGACCUAAUUAUGUACAAAUAAUUAAUUAUAUAUCUCAUUGAUUUGCAAACAUUAACUAAACUAAAUUUAUGUCUUUAAAUAGAAAUGAUGUUCGGGUUGUAAUGUUCAUUUUUAAUGAAUGUGACAGAGAUUGGAUCAGCCAAAGACCAACUCCUCUAAACAUGUACCAUUUUACAAAAGUGUAUUGAUUAAAAAAAAAGACAUUACAAUCAAUGUCAAUGGGGUUAUUAGUUGUUCUGUUUCCGCUUUGGUUUUUUUUGUGAUGCUAGUGUCUCAUAUUGGUUUUCACACUGAAUUGUCAUUUGUGAACAACUUUAAGGUGUUGUUGGAACUUGUUUUCUGGGUGGCUAAAUAAACUUUUGUGUUUAAAAUCUA